AAAACGUAUUAACCGACUCCAAAAAAAAAAGGAGGUGAAUCUCAAUAUGUCAUAAUGUUGUUUAUUUUUUCACAGUAUGAAAUUCAAUACGCUGACUUGAAAUUGGACGUAGCACAAGCAAAGCCGCCCAAAACAAACCAUAUGACUUAUAAUGAAAUCAAAGGGGUUUUGGCGCCAAAAACAAUCGAUAAAGUAAUUGUACAAGUCAAAAGUGACUCGUAAAAAAUGUUCAGAAAGAAAAAACAAAUAUUUCCAGUCGGACUGACCGCAAAAAAAUUGAAAUCACGUCUAUUUGUUAGACGAAUUAAAAAAACCCCGACUAUUAAUAUUCAUUUCGCUACAACUUUUGAACGGCUGAACCGAUUUUGAUCAAACAUAUCUAAGAACCGCCGCAUAAAAAUUAGCUAUCAAAUAAAUAUAAAAAAAAAACGCAUCCAAAUCGGUUCAACCGUUGAUGAGCUACGGUGCCACGUACACAGACAGACAGGAGAUUACUAUUUUAACGCGCGUUAAAAAUGCGCCCACUUGAUAUACACUAUCAAAGAUUUUUGUUGAAAAAAUAUAUAAUUAGAUAUUACACUUGUCACAAUCUUUACGUCUAUAUUUUUGACAUUAAUUUAAAUAAGUACAAAUUAGUCUAAUUGUUUUGAAAUUUCCUUAUAAUAAUGAUUCAUUGCUUAUCGGUCAUAUUCUCCAUAGAACAUUUAUAAAUAAACAUUAUUACCUACUUACAACUGAACCGAGUUUAAUUUAUUUGCUCAACUUAAUCCGUCAUUUUGUCUACAGCAAAUUUAACGUUUUUGGUAAUUUAAUAUAUAGUUAAAGUAACUAUCAUUUGUCAAUGCUUUAAAAUAAUUAUUCUAACCGAUUUUCACAUCUUGAUUGAUUGAAGCAAAAUUAUGUUUUAUUAUUCAAUGAAUUUAAAAAUAUACAUGUUAUUUUUAGUGUCGCAUAUAAAUUUUGGUGCACUCAGAAACCCUACUGAAGUUUGGGUCCAAACACCGAUUCAUUGUAAGUAUUGUAAUAAUCCUGCCUGUGAUCGAAAGGUGCCAGAUUCUGAAGGACAGUCGGUCUUGUUUUAUGGUUAUGGCGAUCAAAUAUUAUUGACUAUUGUACAGAUAAACGUCCCAAAAGAUUUGAUCUGGUAUGAAAUACGAGCUAAAAGUUGUGAUAACAAUACAUCGUUUUUCAUCACACGCAUGAAUUACAAACAUUGUAGAAGGCGAUGCGAUUUAUGCGAUUGCGAUGAGCUAAUUAUAUCAAAUGAAAUAGAAACAGUGAAAAUAGAAUACAAGAAGGAAUGUUUCCAUACUAUAAGAGUUCAUACUCAAAAUUAUGAUUGUGUGGAAAAGUACUUGUACAAAAUAAUUAACAAAUAUAAUACCAAAGAAAAAACUACACAUCAAAUUUACUACCACCACGAAUGGAACACAGGAGACAACUAUUUGAAGAUCACAUCGGCAAAGCGUCAACUGCCGCAAAAAGGUCAUCCUAAAAACGCUUCAUCAUCGACUUACCCGACACAGCCAAGACCCUAUGUACAUACGACACCACCAACACGAUCUACACUAAGAAAAAUAAUUUCAAUAUUAAAACCAGCAGUAAAAUUCACUCCAUCUACAACACAAAUCCCUAAACUUGAAAGUCUACCAUCUGAAGGGCAUUUGUUAAUUAUAAUAAGCGCAAUUACUGUCGCCUUAAUAAUUUCGGUUAUAGCAACGUGGACAUUUUGUAAAUGUAAGAAAAAAAAGAGUAGAAACACGAAUAAAAGGGAAACAAUUUACGCAUCUCAACACGUGCAGUACGCAAACCUGAGUUUGUCUCAAACCAAUUCGCCUCCUCCGCCGCAAAGUGAAAUAAUCUACGCCCAAGUCGCUGGCUUCAUUGGUCUUGAUUCUUAAAAAAACCUACAUGAAAUACAAUUUGUUAUUAUUAGGUUAGUGUGUAAGGGUCUCUAGCACGUGUAACUGUAAAUAACGACCAAAUCACUGAUGUUCCACCGCAUUUAUUAACUAGAAAUCACUCACUGUCAAUAGAUAGAACAAUAAAAGUCCGUUGAAGUGCAAUUUUCAAACUUUUAUGGUUUCGAAGUGAAGUAAGAACCCUUCUAGUUUUGUCAUGUCUUUACUGUGAGCUUGCUUAUUUUUACAUCACCGAUUAUUUCAACUGACAGCUGUCAACUGUCCGUUUGCUGAUGAUUCCUUUGCUUACGUUCAUUACUUCUAUUUAAAAAGUUACUAUAUAUAUUAUCUGCGUACAAGCGAGGCGGCAAUUUUUAAUUUUGUUGAAAUAUUAUAAUUUAUAGGUACUUAAAGUCAAAGAAAGUUAUAAUAAUUGUAAUAUUUUAAUGAAACUACUGUUAGUAGUAUUAUUAUUAUUAUAAUAAAGCGUGAAAGCUUGA